AUGGCGGCUAAUACAGGAGUGGCCGUCUUCGUCCUGCUGCUUUGCUGCGGGCAGGGAGCUGAGUUCCAGCCGAUAAACAUGACCACGGAGGUCACCAAGGGCGAGCUCGAGGACAGGGGUCCCGACAGACCCCCGGCCCAGCUCCCAGGCCAGACGAGCAGGGGCUGGAGGAAGGGGCUGACCCUGACCUUGAAUGGAGGACCUGGAGCCGGACACCCAGCCCUAAGAAGAGGGGGAGGAGCCCUGGGCGGGGCUGCCGGGGGGCCGGCACUCAGAGUCCCCGCCCACUGCCCGGCCCGCGAGGCUGCUUCAGGUCGGCCAGGCCGGGGAAGCCGGCGGCCAGGAGCCCGGGGGCCCCACGGAGGACUGGCUGCCCGCGGUCAGCUCCCCCAGGGAACUCGGACCGCCCGGAAUCGCUCGCUUACGGAAGAGGAGCCGGCGGGGCCAGUGCCUCUGCCCCCCCGUCCAGAGAGGCACAGGGCAGGUGGCCGUGACGGUGUCCCUUCCGCACGUCACAUCCUCAGCCCGCCGGUCAUACGGGAGCCGCGUGGGCUUUUUACGGAAGGACGUGCUGGUCCCUCUUCACCCGCCCGGCGCUCCUUCCCCCCGCGAGGGGCGGCGCCAGUGAGCGCGGCCCGGGAGCGCGGGUGUCACCUCCAGCGCCCGGCGCGCCACCCGUCCUCACCCCUCCCUCCCGGCGGGCCCCGAGUCCCAGGAGCCCCGUGCAGGGCCCCUCCCCCUCGAGCAGGUGGUCGGCCCCGCAAAAGCCAGUCGGCCGACGGACAAGUCGGUGCAAAUUCAGGGAACGUUGUUAAACUAUUGGUUUUUUUCCCCCCAGUUUCAGGCACUGAACAGCCAGCAAAUUUAAGAAAUCUGGAUGACGAUGUGGAUACAGGAUUUGAUGAAAUUCUGGUCCGAGAGAUGUUGGAGCCAAAUAAAUCAUCAUUUCUUCAAACACAAAGCCUCCCACCAACAUCGACAAAGACUCCGACAAAGAAAAAAAGAAAUUCUCUCCAGCAAAGAAGAAAGAAGUGUAAAAGUUUGUUCGAGGGAGGCAGAAACCACAAGGGGAUGCGGAACCUAGCCUGAGAAACCAGGACUGCUCACUCACCCGCCGCCUCCAGGCAGAAAAACAAAAUAGAAUUACUAACCAUUCUGUGUGAAGGAGAAUCGUUUUAUUCAAGGAGUGCCAAAUAAAAUGAACCUAUUUAACUAUUAA